GUAAAAGACUGUUGCUUCAAUAACUUCAACUUCUUCUCGAAAGGUUGAUGCUGAUGAUUAUUUUCUCUGAAAUCUGAAAAGUAUCGCGGUUUUUUAGAGAAUCUUAAAAAUUAAGGAAACGUGAAUCACCAUGCAAGCAGAAAGGAAGCACAUGAAAUACCCCUACACCUACAGUGCUAAGCUGGUGCAGUUUCCAUACAAGUGGCAUUGGGACAACUUUUGGCUACCAAGAUUCGUUGCUUUAGGAAUGGUUGUUUCUUUUCCAUUUUUCCUUUUCAUUCAUAGAAAAGUGAAUUCUCCUGAAAAUAAAGCAAUCUGGGCUGAGAAGCACAAACAAGAGAGGCAAUAUCACUUUCACUAAGUUGGCUGGAUGUUAAUUGUUAGCAGUUAAUAAAAGAAGAAAAAUUGAAGUAGAAAAAUCUUUAUUGUAAAUGUGAUGUCUUUGGCUUAUAAAAUAUAAUUUACAUGAAUG